AUGUGGUUGGAAUGGCUGUUGAUCGGAGUCGGAUUCGUGGCUCUUUUGUACGUUCUCUAUCGACUUUUGGUGUCUUUGUUCAACAUUCUGGGUCCGUAUGUCCUGUUCCGACCAAUUGAUUUGAAGAAAAGAGCAGGCGCCUCGUGGGCAGGUAUGUGUCCUUCUCGCCGAUUCCAUGACUUAAAUGUGCUUCAUUCAGUGGUGACCGGAGCCACUGACGGCAUCGGAAAGUCUUAUACGUUCGAGUUGGCCAGCCGUGGAUUCAACGUGUUCCUGGUGUCGCGUACUCAAUCGAGACUGGACACGACGAAGCGGGAAAUCCUCGAGAGACAUCCGCAAGUGGAGGUCCGCACCGCUUCGUUCGACUUUCCAAUGGAUCGCCGCAAGACUAUCAGGCCCUCCUCGCCACGCUGAACGAAGUGAACAUCGGGGUUCUGAUCAACAAUGUGGGGGCGUUCUACGAGUAUCCGGAGGUGUUGCACAAGGUCGAAGGGGGAGUGGCGGCCAUCGCCAACAUCGUCACCAUCAACACCCUUCCGCCUACUCUCUUGUCCGCCGGAAUCAUUCCCCAAAUGCUCACGCGAAAAGCUGGAAUCAUCGUGUACAUUGGCUCGUUUGCCGGCGCCAGUAAGAUGUCCGAAUGGGCGGUCUAUUCAGCGGCCAAGGUACAUUUACUCAUCAGAUCUGUCUAGAUCGUACAAUGUUCACUUUCUUUCAGAAGUACGUCUCCUGGUUCACAGCAAUUCUCCGCAAAGAGUACGGCAAUCAGGGCAUAACCUUCCAGAACAUCGCCCCAAUGAUGGUGUCCACAAAGAUGGCGGGCAAUCCACAGACCGAAUUCUUGUCCCAGACAGUGAUUCGUUCGCCAAAUCCGCUCUGAACACAAUCGGACACGUCGGAGAGACGACCGGCUACUUCAGUCAUCAGAUUCAGGCGGAGGGCAUGAGCCUGCUCCCCGAGUUCGUCGUCGACAGAGCGAUUGUUGGAGUGAGUGCGAAGAUUCGGAAUGCGGCGCUGGAGAAGAAGGAACAGAGGAAGCUGUUGUCAUGA